GAUCUACAUACAUACAUAUUGGUUCAGAUUUCGGAUACUCCAGCCAUGAUAUUUACAAACCAUUCACUUCAGGUGUCGCUUUCAGUAUAUAGUAUAUACUGUGAUAUAAACCAAGCCAAAAACAUUUUCCAAAACUAUGAACCCUAUGCUUAGUAAUCUACAUAACAAAGUAACUAGUUAGUUAACUAUGCAAUUAUGCCACCGCGGGGGAUCAAUAUCGUCGUCAAAUAAGUUAUCCCACUCGACAACAGCCAUAACCACCUCUAAUGGCCCAGAAUGUCCUCCCUCCUUGAAUCCCUCGCAAACACUGACCUCGCUGAAGAAAUCGAGGCCAUCAAUGCCAUCUACGACCCGGAUACGAUCACCAUAACGAGCACAACACCCACAGCCACGACCCCUCCCAAAUUAAUAACUCUAGAAAACUCGUCCUCCUCCUCCUCCUCCUCCGAAACACCCUCUACAACGACAACGACAAUCAAACUCCAGAUCCCAAACCAUCCCCAUCUAUCUUUCCUCGUAGGAUUCGAAAGCUCAUACCCAGACACCCCGCCCAAGAUCCUCGGGACCGCCUCCACCGCUUCCCGCGGGGAAGGCAAGAUCGCCAUCGACGUCCUAGAAAACAUCCUAGACAGGACAUACCAGCCCGGCGCUGUAUGUUUAUUCGACCUGAUAAACGAGGCCGUGGAGGCGUUCGAGGAAUUGAGCAUUGGGGGAGAAUCCAGCUUAGUCUCGAAAGAGAACCCGGAGACCAGCGCCAGGCAUGAAGAUUCCAGCGAGGCCGCGGCGGAAGCCAAGCUCCGGGCGGAGGAUCUCGCGGCGUUGUCGCUGCAUGAUAGCUUUGGGUUAAGCGAGGCGCCGAAUUGGGUUCUUUCGGAUGUGGUGACGGAGAAGAAGUCGGUGUUUGUGGGGCGCGCCGCUAGGGUUACGAGUUUAGAUCAGGCGCAGGGGUUCUUGGAUUAUUUGCUUGCGGUGGAUAGGAAGGUUGCUGCUGCGACGCAUAAUAUUAGCGCGUGGCGGAUUCGGCAGAGGGGUUCCUUUGUGGCGGGUGGUGGUGGUGGUGGUGGGAAGGAGAAAGCAGCAGGAGGGGAGUCUGCCGAGAUGAUUGUACAGGAUUGUGACGAUGAUGGGGAGACGGCUGCCGGGGGGAGACUGUUGCAUUUGAUGCAGUUGAUGGAUGUUUGGGAUGUCGUGGUGGUUGUGACCCGGUGGUAUGGGGGUGUGUUGCUGGGGCCGGAUCGGUUUCGAAUCAUCAAUGCUGUUGGGAGAGAUGCGCUGCUCAAGGGUGGAUUUGUAAAGGAGAAAGAAUCCGGAAGUGCAAAUGAAAAGGGGAAGAAGAAGGGGAAAAAGUGAGUCUGGCCCGAGAACACAAC